AAUCCUUAAAAAAAUUUGGGUGAAGUCCAGUUUCAUCCCAACAAGGAAAUCUCGGUGGGAAGAGAGAGAGGAGGAAGAAGAUGGAAGGGAAGUGCUUGGAUUGCAUGCAAUGGGAAGAAGAACUCUACUGGACUCAUUUCCAAACCCUCCAUUUCACUCAGCUCCUCCUUCCUGGUUUCCACAAUCGUCACGUCAUACCUCAAAAGUUUUCGAUGCAUUGCAAAGGAAGGCUACCUCAUAUUGUGACUCUCAAAAGUCCAAGUGGCGCUAUAUACAAUGUGAGAGUUGAGCAAGAUGAUGAAAAGACACUGUCUUUUCGUUGUGGGUGGGACCGUGACAUGUUUGUGAAAGAUCAUUCGCUAAAGGAGAAUGAUCUGUUGGUCUUCAAGUUCCAUGGACUGUCUGAGUUUGAAGUAUUGAUUUUCGAUGGACAGACCUUGUGUGAGAAACCCACUUCUUAUUUCGUCAGGAAAUGUGGACAUGCAGACAAGACCAAAUGUACUGAUUUUACUGCAACCUCUUCGAGGUCACCUGAGAUACUCUUUAACCCUGUUGAUGUUGAAGCUACACCAAACCAGCAACGUCUUAUAUCUCCAGUUGAUAACGAGCUCGACGACCUCAUUGACAUUGAUGUUGAUAUUGAAACAAUGCUAACCCCUCAUCUUGUAGUAUCUCAGACCGGUUGUGAGCAACUAGAACAUUUUAACUCUGACAUUGAUACAGCAUAUGCCCAGAUUCCUGUUAUAUCUCCAGCUAGUACAGGACGAGUCAGUGAAGAGAAGUAUCCCCUUAGCGGUUUAAAGAAGAUGCAAGGAGAAAUAAAUAAUGAUAGUCUCGAUCAUAAAGCUGCUGGUCGCAAAAAUAAAACCUUAUCUCUGGCUCAGAGGGUCAUUACGCCGGAUGGUUUCUUGGUGGUCAUGAAGCGCUCUCAUGUGUCGAAGUGUUUUCUGACAAUCCCAUACAAAUGGUGCAAAAAGAACAAUCUUUUGGCACGUCAAGAAGUGGUGAUGCAGAUAGAUCAAAUGAAAUGGGUCAUGAAGUUUAAUUUGUUCGGAUCUCGUUGUAGUGGUGGGAUUUCAACCGGGUGGAAGAAGUUUGUACAAGACAACAACUUGUGCGAGAGUGAUGUCUGUGUGUUUGAGCCAAUGAAAUCUGAAAAGCAACCGCUUCAUCUCUAUGUCUAUAUCUUCCGUGUUGCAGAAGCGGAAAGUACCAACAAGGUUGACUCGAUCUACAACAUAAGCGAAUAAAAAUAAGCAAGGCAACAAUGUUUUGUUUAACCGGUAGUGUAGAUGAAAACUUGUAUAUAAAGGUUAAUGUAAAGAAUGUGUAUAAUGUAAUCUACUGAAGCCUCCCUGUGGCUUUUGUUUUGUGUUGCCUUUUUGGGUUGUAUUUAAAAUGUUGCAGCGCAGCACAAAAUUAUGUAAAGUAAAGGAAAAUUAUAAGGGAAGUCUUCUGGUAAUGCCUA